AGGCUUUGAACAGAGGCAAACCGCAAAAGAAAAACGGGCAAAUCUUUCCAAUUUUUACCGAAAAGUUAAUAAAUUAAUUGUGGAAAGGAAAAGUGCGAACAAUCUCGGGUGCAGGUGAAGAAACGAUCUACGAAUUCUGUCGGCACGAAGAUGGACGCCAAGAUCAAUCAGUUCUUCGAAUCUGUGACGAAUUUCUUCAGCGGCGGAGAUCAUCUUCCUUGGUCCACUCCCGAUGUCAUCGUUGGGUGCGAGCGAGAAGUUGCAGCUACCAAAGAUGAAUCCGAUGAUCGAAAGAAUGAAAGUAUCAUGCGACUGUCGUGGGCACUUGUUCAUUCCAAACAACCUGAACACGUGCAGCGUGGAAUUGCGAUGCUUGAAGCUUCGCUGACCAACGCAAACAGUCCGUUACAAAAGAGGGAGAAGCUUUAUCUGCUCGCUGUUGGAUAUUACAGAACCGGAGACUAUUCAAGAAGCAUGAAACUUCUCGAAGAGUGCUUGGAGAUUGCUCCUGACUGGAGGCAGGCGAUAUCACUGCAGAAACUUGUGGAAGAUAGAGUAACAAAAGACGGCGUUAUUGGAAUUGGCAUCACUGCAACUGCAGUCGGACUUAUAGCCGGAGGGAUCGCUGCUGCCCUCGCUCGGAGGGGAUGAACCGUCUCAGUAACAUCGUUUGUUCUUCUGUCAUCUUUUUAUUGAUGUAAAGUGUCGAAAGUUUUGUGCUGGUUUAUCGAUCGUUAGCUCUUACAUUUGAUCAAAAUAGAGACAUGUUUAUGAGAACAUAGGUUUGAAUUAAGUCAGGGCAAAAGUUUCCCUGUUUUUCCA